AUGACUAUGGACCGGCAGAAGGUCGUUGAUCUGUGCAAGGCUUCGUUAGAAGAUGUCAUGGUUGGCAACGACGAGAAGGGCGUUCAGAACGGCAAGGACUUCUACAAAUUGUCGGUUUAUCUUCGCUUUACUUAUCAACAGCUAAUAAUAUUACUUUCAUCACACUUUUUUCAGCUUCUUCACCAACUAUCCGGACCUCCGCGUCUACUUCAAAGGCGCUGAAAAAUAUACGGCAGAUGACGUUCAAAAAGUGAAAGGUAUUCAGUUAUUUUAAUUUAUUUGUUUUCAGUUUCAUAAGAUAGACGGCUUUCAGUUCAUCGAAGUAUUUUCGUAUUCAGCCAACCUCCUCAUAAGAAUUUCCUCAUAAGGUUUUUGAUGUUAUAAGGUUUAUCAGUAGCAGGAAAAUGAUCGAUAAAGGUUCAGUAUUAACAGUAACAACAAGGCUAAAAUGGUGUUGGGGGAGAGAUCCCGAAGGUUAUUGUAUGCUCCAGAAUAAAAGUGAAGUGAAGAGAGUAUCAAGGUUAGAGUAAAAGAUACAACAUUUCAGCGGCUCAGAGAACCGUCCAGAAAGCGGCAGAAAAUUAUAGAAUAAUGUGGAACCUUCUAGUAAGUAUAGUAGUUGUAAAGCAAUUGAAAAGCUUGUGGAACUUUCUAGAAGGGAACCCUUCCCACAUGACUCCCAUGUCGUAAUGAUACUUAAAAUAUGAAAGAGAAUAAAGUAGAGAACUCCAGAAUCAUCCUGAUAUAAGCGGAGUUUUGUAGAUUUGCGAAACAAGGCCAGCGAAUCCUGCUCUCCGUACAUACGGUCGUCCGUCUCUACACUGACGAGGCCGUCUUCCUCGGCCACAUCCGUGAAACUGUCAACCGCCAUAGACAGUACAAAAUGGACCCCGCCCUUUGGCUUGUUCGUUUUUAGCCUUUUUCAUCGGAUUGAUCUCAAAAAUUCUUUAAAAAAUACCCAGCUUGGGAUAUACUUUGUUGGAAUUUCUUUCAGACCAGCGCGAUGAGAAAAAGAAAAUUUCAUUCUUCUUGUCGUUUAGUCAAGUUAUGACACUUCAAAGACGUCGAAAACUCAUUUUAUUGUUAGAGUCACCGUUAAAAACCUCAGCUAUGUAGAACAUAUAAAAAGAAAGCGUUCACAAUUGUCAAGAAAAAAAAAGCCUCCCCUAUCUUUUUUUGAACAAUUUCUCUAAUUUUCGAAGGUUCGAACAUAGACUCGAACGGUUUCAAAAACAAUCCUUUUACCUAGCCUUCUGGAUUUCGGCGAUUUCACUCGAACCCUCAUAGUCGCUUUCUGCGCGAAUUUCUAGUUUCAGAGAUAUGAAUUUUCAAAUUUCGUUUGAUACAAAUUGGGUUCGAAACCCAUAAAUCCGCAACUUCAGAAAUUCAUAUUUUCAAACUAGAAGUUUGUGCAGAAAGCAAUUUUGUGGGUUAGAUAUCCAGUCCAUCGAAGGUUUUCAGAAGACCCUAGAAGGCUAAGCAAAAUAAGCACUAGCUCCAUCGAAAAUCAUCCAAAUCCAGCGAUUUUCAGGCAUUUUUCACCGUCUUCACGGGAUUCCUGGCCGAUCGUGGAAGUUUGACCGACGAACAGCGCGCCGCCUGGAUGCAGUUAGGAAAGGUUCGACUUGCUGGAGGAAGUUCACAACCCUUCACUCAUUUAUAGGACUUUGACGCCGAGUGCCAACGACACCUGAAGGAGAACGAUUUGCCGCACGUUUGA